AUGAGGAUGGGAGGGAGGACAGGAGAACGGGAGAUCAGGAGAGCAAGAGAUCGGGAGAAUGGGAGAAUGAGAGAACAGAAGAGUGAGAGAAUGGGAGAAUGGGAGAGCAAGAGAUCAGGAGAACGGGAAAACUGUAAAGCAAGAGAAUGGGAGAGCAAGAGAACUGUAGAGCAAGAGAUCAGGAGAGCAGGAGAGCAGGAGAGCAAGAGAACUGUAGAGCAAGAAAACAGGAGAACUGGAAAAUGGGAGGACAGGAGAGAUGGAAAACAGGAGAUGGGAGACAAGAGACAGGAGAAUAGGGGGGACAGGAGAACAGGAGAACAGGGGACAGGAGAAUAUGUGACGGGAGACGGCUCAGUGCUCAAGGAGAGAGAAACAGCAAGAAAACAAAACAAAAAGACAGGGGACUUUCAGACCAAUACUGGUACUAGGUCAAAACUUCAUUCAAUUAUGUCAGCAGGAAAGAAAGUUCUGCACAAUGGGAUAACAGAACAACAGGAGAACAGGAGAAUGGGAGAAUGGGAGAAUGGGGGGACAAGGAAAUACAAGACAGGAGGAUGGGAGGACAGGGGGGCAGCAAAAUGCAAGAUGGGAGACAGGAGAACAGGCGAUUGCAAGAAUGGGGGGGCAGGAAAAUGCAAGAUGGGAGAACAACAGCACAAAAUGUGA